AUGAAAAACAAGGGUACCAAGAAGGUCAACUCUUCUUCAACACCUCCCAUUGAUAAGACAUCAACUCCUACAUCCUCUACUGAAGCAACCAACCAUACUCCGAUAUUAACAGUUCAUACCAAAGAUGAGAAUGACCUACCCAGUCAAUCCUCCAAAACAACAACAUCAACCAAAACCACUCAUCACGCCCAACCUGAACUUCCUUCCAUACUGAACCCUACUGGAAAAACACAUUGCGAGGAAACGGAAGAAGUAUCGUCACUUUCUUCUGAAGGUUCGGAACCUUCAGAUAAACCAGAACUACGUGUUGGACAAUUUCCGCAUCCUCCGCAGCCACGUCAAUCCAUAUUCCACGCUAAGAGCAGUGAGGGGUUUUUAAAUUUAUUUGGCUUACUGCUGGUCACUUGGUCAGGAAAUAUCAUGUACAAUAAUUGGAGGAGUGAGGGUUAUCUCAUUGAUUUUACACUUCUUACUCACUUGUUGCAAGGUAUUGAAUAUUUAAUGCUGUUAUGGGGUGCCAUCGUUGCGUUUAACUUUGUGUAUUCGGUGACGAGUGAAUUUCUUCUCAUCAAGUACGCUCAAAAGAAGAGGCUUUCCCCACUCAUGGAGUUUGUGAAUUGUACAAUUUAUGUAUUGGCUCAAGCCAUUUUGUUUGGAGUUCCAUCCUAUCUAGCAUUCACUUCUCAUCGUCUAAGUGCCAUGUGUAGAACUGCACUCGCAUGUCAAAUUGUUGUGAAUAGUUUCAAGAUGCAUAGUUAUUUCAUUACCAAUCGAUACUUUAGAGAAGAAAUGUUUUAUUCUGGAAAGUAUCAGGAGAAUAGAUUCAAACCCAUUCUUAACAUUCGUUACGAGAAAAUUAGACUCGAUCCAAAGUUAUCAACCUGGAGACAAUUGUAUUUAUUGGCCUGUGAUUAUGUGGAUUAUAUCAGAAUUCCAAGUUUAGUAUACGAAAUCAACUUUCCUAGAACGCCCCAUAUUUCAUACGUCUUUGUGAUUAGAGAAUAUGGAGGUGGUUUGGUGAUUUGUCUCUUUAUGUAUUUCAUCAUGCAAAAAUAUAUGGCUCCAUUGUUGGGAGAAAUAGAAUCCUAUGACUGGUACGAUCUUAUCAUUAAUUUGGCAAUUCCCUCGAUGGCUAUUUGGAUGUUACUCUUUUAUUGUGUCUUUCAUUGCUUCUUGAAUGCCACUGCUGAACUCGUAAGAUAUGCAGAUCGUGAAUUUUAUCUUGAGUGGUGGAACGCAACAAGUGUUUCUCAAUAUUGGAGAUUAUGGAAUAGACCAGUAUUGAAGUUCAUGUCACGUCAUAUUUAUGUCGAAUCUAUGAGAAGAGUGAAAGGAUUUAACAAAGUUUGGGCAGCACUUUCCACAUUCUUUGUUACUGCAGUUCUUCAUGAAUAUGUGUUAAUCAUGACGUUUAGAGUUUUUAGACCUUACUUUUUCACAAUGGUUAUUGCUCAAGUACCACUCUUCUACUUUACUGAGAAGCUUAAGGGAACACGUUUCGGAAACGUAUUGUUGUGGUUUGGAUACUUGUUGUGCUUCCCUAUUAUGGAAUUGUUAUACUUUAGAUCUGCAUUGAGAGAAAAUAGCAUGUAA